GAAGACUUUUAGAGAAUGUCUGGACGAGGCAAAGGUGGUAAAGGGCUUGGAAAAGGAGGCGCAAAGCGUCAUCGUAAAGUUCUCCGCGAUAACAUUCAGGGAAUCACCAAGCCGGCUAUUAGGCGUCUGGCUCGUCGUGGCGGUGUGAAGCGUAUUUCUGGUCUCAUUUACGAGGAGACUCGUGGUGUGCUGAAGGUGUUUCUGGAGAACGUCAUCCGCGAUGCUGUUACUUACACUGAGCACGCCAAGAGGAAGACCGUCACCGCCAUGGAUGUUGUCUAUGCUCUGAAGCGUCAGGGCCGCACUCUGUACGGCUUUGGCGGUUAAAUCUACAAAACCCGAAUCUAAUAAAACCCAAAGGCUCUUUUAAGAGCCGCCCACUUUACGAUAAGCGCAACCUUUCAUUUUGUAUCUAUCAAAUGUGAACCUGAUCGUAAGGAGGCCCAAAGCUACUUGCCUAUUCUACGAAGUAUUCGCUGACUGGGUGAACGGAUUUAGUAAGGGAGGUGUCUCCUCCGUGUUCAAGCUAGCUUUGUUUUAAUGUUUAAAAAUCCUUCGCAAAACUAAAUCUUUGUUCUAAUAACGCUAUUAACAAAAGAUGUACAUUAUUUGGGGUUACCAUUUAAAUAGUCAUAUGGACAUUAUCUAUUUGUUGAUGUUGUGGUGCUGACUGACACCCAACACUAAGAAUGAAUACCGAUUGUUGACCAGUGGCACUGCUGGUGCUGUUUCUCUAUGCAGCUACUUCCUCACAGAAAUCCCUGCCCACUCCAUCUCUACUGGGCAGCCUGACCCAGCUCCUCCAUGGUGAUUAGUGCAUCUGUGCUAGCCUCCUCAAUUACUUUA